AUGACUUCUGCCAGUGAGGAUAUCUCAGGGGAAAUACUUCUGAGUGAGCUGGCGAGAGCAGUGCAAGCUUUUGGUGCAAACCCAGCCCAGGAGGUCUGCAGAUGGGUCAGCCCUAAACAGCAGGCAAAAAUGGCAGAGUACUGCAGAUUAAUAUUUGGAGAUGCAUUGCUUAUGGAUCCAUUGGAAAAAUACCCGCUUGAACCUGGGGUUCCUCUUCCAAGCCCUAUGGAUUUAAUGUACAAAAUUCUGGUGAAGAAUAAAAAGAAGUCGCAUAAGUCUGCAGAUGGAAGUGCAAAAAAGAAGCUCUCGGAGCAAGCUUCCAACACAUGCAGUGAUACAUCUAGUAUGUUUGAACCUUCCUCCCCCGGAGCAGGAGAAGCAGAGAUUGAGAGCGAUGAUGAUGAUGACUAUGAUGAUGACUGUAAAAAGUCGUCGAUGGAUGAAGGUACUGCUGGAAGUGAGGCUAUGGCCACGGAAGAGAUGUCUAACCUGGUGAACUACAUUCAGCCUGUGAAGUUUGAGUCAUUUGAAGUAUCAAAAAAACGCAACAAAAGUUUUGAAAUGUCUUCCUUUGUGGAAACCAAAGGGCUUGAGCAACUUACGAAGUCUCCUGUGGAAUUUGUGGAAUACAACAAAAUGCAGCUAAGCCGAAUUUACCCAAAGGGAACACGUGUAGAUUCUUCAAACUACAUGCCACAAGUCUUUUGGAAUGCUGGCUGCCAAAUGGUUGCUCUUAACUUCCAAACUGUGGAUUUGUCUAUGCAAAUAAACAUGGGAAUGUACGAAUACAACGGCAAAAGCGGAUACAGGUUAAAGCCAGAAUUCAUGAGAAGACCAGACAAGCACUUUGAUCCAUUUACUGAAAGUAUAGUGGAUGGAAUAGUAGCUAACACCUUGUCUGUCAAGAUAAUUUCAGGUCAGUUUCUUUCUGAUAAAAAAGUCGGUACCUAUGUAGAAGUUGAUAUGUUUGGCCUGCCUGUGGAUACAAGAAGAAAAGCUUUGAAAACCAAGACCUCUCAAGGCAAUGCAGUUAAUCCCGUCUGGGAAGAGGAAACCAUAGUGUUUAAGAAGGUCGUUUUACCUUCCCUGGCAUGUUUGAGGCUAGCAGUGUAUGAAGAAGGAGGGAAAUUUAUUGGUCAUCGGAUAUUACCAGUCUCAGCAAUUCGACCAGGCUAUCACUACAUCUGUUUGAGGAAUGAGAGGAACCAACCUUUGACACUGCCAGCUCUCUUUGUGUACAUAGAGGUCAAAGACUAUGUACCUGAUACUUAUGCAGACGUGAUCGAGGCCUUAUCCAAUCCAAUCAGAUAUGUAAACUUGAUGGAGCAGAGAGCUAAGCAGCUGGCCGCACUGACUCUGGAAGAUGAAGAAGAGGUAAAGAAAGAGAUUGACCAUGGAGAUGCACCAUCUGAAGCUAACAAUGAACCUAGGCCAACACCAGCAGAAAAUGGGGUAAAUUACACUGCCUCUCUUACACCGAAACCAGCAACUCAGGUUGUCCAUAGCCAACCAGCACCAGGUUCGGUGAAAGCACCUGCAAAGACAGAAGAUCUUAUUCAGAGCGUCCUCACAGAAGUGGAAGCACAGACUAUUGAGGAGCUAAAACAACAGAAAUCUUUUGUUAAGCUUCAGAAGAAGCACUACAAGGAAAUGAAGGACCUUGUAAAGAGGCACCACAAGAAAACCACUGAUCUUAUCAAAGAGCACACUGCAAAGUAUAAUGAAAUCCAAAAUGACUACCUGCGACGAAGAGCAGUUUUAGAAAAAACAGCAAAAAGAGACAGUAAGAAAAGAUCUGAAACGGGCAGCCCAGACCACAGUUCUUCAACUAUUGAACAGGAAUUAGCUGCGCUCGACUCUGAAAUGACCCAGAAGCUAGUCGAGCUGAAGGAGAAGCAACAACAGCAGCUGCUAAAUCUCCGACAGGAGCAGUAUUACAGUGAAAAGUACCAGAAACGAGAGCACAUUAAGCUGCUUAUUCAGAAGUUGACAGAUGUAGCAGAGGAGUGUCAGAACUGCCAGCUAAAGAAACUGAAAGAAACAUGUGAAAAAGAAAAGAAAGAAUUGAAGAAAAAAAUGGACAAGAAGAGGCAGGAGAAGAUCACAGAAGCAAAGUCCAAGGAUAAAAAUCAAAUGGAAGA